CCUACGCUCAGUUUCCUGCAUUGGCUGAAUGGAUCUAACUGUUGUACGGCCGUCGUCACGUCGUGUCAGCACAUUGGAGGCUCCCGAGACUAGUGUGGUCCGCACGGGUCGAUUGUUUGUGUGAGCGGCGGUCUGAAUAUAUAACCAUUGAUCCGCACAACGGCCGCUGUAAGUACGUCGAACUGUCCACCGCGUACCUAAUACGCGGACCCGUAACUAUAUGAAGGGUUCCUGGUAGACUAGAGCCCUCCCUUCCUCACCUAAUCCACCCACUGACCUAUCAUGGCUGGACUGUGGUCCACGCUCAGAUAUUCCAGGCGAAUCCACAGACAAUGUCGCCCCCCAGAACCCACGUUCAGCACGGACGAUAUACCCGAUUUGACCGGCAAGGUCAUGAUAGUUACAGGAGGCAACGCGGGGAUCGGGAAAGAGACAGUGAAGGUUCUCCUCAGCCACAAUGCUACGGUCUACAUGGCGUCGAGGGAUGAAACGAGGGCACACGCGGCUAUCGACGAGUUGAAGGAGCAAACGGGAAGAGAGGCGAUCUAUCUUGAACUCAAUCUUGCAAACCUUGCGUCCGUAAGGAGGGCUGCGGCGGAAUUUCUCAGCAAAGAGAAAGAACUGCAUGCGUUAUUCAAUAAUGCCGGUGUCUCAACCAUCCCUAUGGACUGGCUCACAGAUGAUGGAUAUGACAUGACCUUCGGAACGAACGUUAUCGGUCACUUCCUUUUCACGAAACUCCUCCUUCCCACUCUGCUGGCAGGCAGAGAUUCAUCGCCGGAUCACUUCGCUCGGGUGAUCUGGCUGUCAUCGUACGCGUCCUAUCUGUCUUCCCUGCACUACGCCACCUUCAAAGAGGGCCCUGCCCGGAGGAAGGCGGGAUACGCUAGAAUGUAUUUCCAAAGCAAGUUUGCAAAUGUUGUCCUAGCCCAUGAGUGCGCACGACGAUAUGGAGCCCAAGGCAUCCUGUCCCUUUCGGUCAACCCUGGCAAUAUCAAGACAGACAUCAUGAAAUACGCCUCAGCAGUCGAUUUAAAGUUUGUCGACAUCUUCAUAAAGCUCUACCCAGUCGAGUAUGGCGCCCUGGGUCAGCUCUGGGCAGGAACGAUGCCGGAAGCGCUGCAGUACAAUGGCGAAUUUGUCGUUCCCUGGGCAAAAGUGGACGCCCGCCCCCGACAAGACGCGUUCAGCGAAAAGGUCGGCUCAAAGCUGUGGAGUUGGUUAGAGAACGAAGUAGAAAUAUGAGUGGUAGUCAAACUGGGGCUCACUGGUGUCGUAGCUGCCAUGUUAGAGCAUUGCUCCGACGUCUACCCAUAUGUGGCAGUUUCGAGUACAGUACUAUGUCCGUCAGCUUGGCAUUGGAGCGAUAAUUUACCCGUUGAGAACGU